AGUUUUUUUUUGUAAACAUGCUAGGGCGUAAACAGCAGAUGAAGUAAUUGGUAAUCCCGUUACAAACUUCUAUGAUAGAGUGAUAAAUUACCGUAUUGCUCAACUAUAUUGAAUAUCAUAUUGUUCAACAACUACUUUUCAAUCGUUUUCUUCAAUAUUAUAACUUAAAAUAUAUACUUAAACGUGGGAAAAAGUGGUGUCAAUAUUUUAAAUUGGUAAACUUCAAAAAAAGAGAAAAAAACCACACUUCAAAAUGAGCGAUAUUAAAAACGACUCUUGCAUAAAGAAUGUCAUUCAGAAAAUAGCUAGUAAGACACAUGCAAGAGGAUAUGAGAGCAAUUACACAAAAGGUAGCAAUUUUUCCCAGAUUUUACCUUUCCUUUAUAUGGGUGGUGCCGAAGUUGCUUCAGAUACUAAGCUACUAACGAAUUUAGGCAUAAGUCAUAUAUUGAAUUGUGCUGCUGGGGAAGUAGACACAGACGAGGCUUUCUAUGCUAAACGUGAAAUGAAUGUUAAAUAUAUGGAAUUUUGCGCCGAAGACUGUUACAACUACGAUAUGAUGCAGCAUUAUCCAGAUGCAUUUGACUUUAUAGAAGAUUGCAGAGCGUCAAAUGGGAAAAUAUAUGUUCACUGUCAAAUGGGAGUAAAUAGAAGUGGAUGUAUGGUUACUGCGUAUAUAAUGGAAUUAAAUAAAUUGGGUCCUAUUGGGGCUGUUCAAUUUGUCAGAGAGCAUCGUGGAUUCAUUCUAGACAAUAAAGAAUUUCUAAGACAACUUAUUAGUCACGCCGAGAAUAAAGGAUAUCUGGAACGUGAUGGAGAAUUAUAA